AUGGCAGAAAAUCGAACACUGAGAGAGCUAACAGCUCCUAACUUGAACCAACAGCCGUUGUGCAUCGCAUAUCAGCAGUUGGAGGAAGGUGCUAAUGUUGAGAUCAAAUAUGGUCUAAUUCAUCUAUUGCCGGCAUUCCAUGGCAUGAAGGCAAGUGGUGGAGGGCUAGUGAAUAAGACUCCAGGAGAUGCAACUAGGCUGAUUGCAGAGCUAGCAGAGAAUUCUAGGCAGUUCAGUCAGAGAACUCCCACGCGCCGGGUGAAUGCAGCAAAUUCAAAUACAACUGAGUUAGAGAGUCAAGGGAACCAACAACAACAGCAAAAUGCUCAAGGCCAGCAGCAAUAUCAGCAAUAUAGGGCACCAUUGGCCAAACCUCAAGGCCAAAGCUCAAAUUCGAAUGAUAUGUCAACUGAUGAAAUGAUUAGAUCACUAACUUCUAAUAAUUUGGAAAGUCAAGUGAGUCAAAUUUCAAGUGCAGUGAGCAGACUUGAAGCUAAGGAUUCGGGAAAACUUCCAUCUCAAACGGAGUUGAAUCCUAAGCAACAAGCCAACGCUAUUACAUUGAGAAAUGGCAAGGAGCUGAAAGAGACUGAAAUUGCAACUAAGAGGGCUGAAGAGUUGAUUGGAGCUGAGGAGAAGGAAGUGGAACAUGAAGCUGUAGCAAAUCCUCCCACUUUUCCAUCUUAUGAACCCACACCACCUUUUCCUGAAGCUUUGAAAGAAACGAAGAGGUAUGAGAAGGACAAAGAUAUCUAUGAAACAUUCAGCAAGUGUGAGGUAAACAUUCCCCUUUUGAAUUUAAUAAAGAGUGUUCCUCGAUUCGCUAAAUUUUUGAAAGAACUUUGUACUAUUAAGAGGAAGCACAGGUUAGGAGGGAAGGAAAAAGUGAAAGUCAGUGUUCAUGUUUCUGCAGUUUUCCAAAAGAAACUUCCUGAAAAAUGCAGUGACCCUGGUAUGUUUACUGUUCCAGUUACAAUAGGGGACACCACUUUUCGUAGAGCAAUGUUGGAUUUGGAUGCAUCAAUUAAUGUUAUUCCAUAUUCACUGUUCAAAUCUUUGGAACUUGGACCCUUACAUGACACCGGGGUAGUGAUUCAAUUAGCUGAUAGAUCAAAUGUUUAUCCUAAGGGAGUAGUGGAAGAUGUGCUUGUGAAAGUUGAUGAACUAAUUUUUCCUGCUGAUUUUUAUGUGCUUGAUAUGGAACAUGAUAGACAAGCAGUACCCAUCUUGUUAGGAAGACCUUUCUUGAAAACUGCUAGGACUAAAAUUGAUGUUUUUACUGGAUGUCUUCAAUGUUGA